CCAAAGUUUCAAGGAUUACCUUCAAAAAUGUUGCCAUCCUGCUAUUCGAAUGGUUCGGUGCUGCCGGACAACGAGGAGCUGGUCAACUCCCUGCUGGCCAAUCCCGAGUAUCUUCGCAGCAAUGCCAGUCCGCUUGGUCCGAGUGCCGUCGGCAUGGACAGCCUCAUGUGCAGCUCGUUUCCAUCGGCCUUCUACUACCAGGGCAUCGAUAACUUCCUGGCGCUGCACAACAAUAUCUGGACGCUGCCCAUGUCCUUUCUGCACAACACCCAUCGGCCGGAGAAGCCGCCGUUCUCCUACAUUGCGCUCAUUGCGAUGGCCAUCAGCAGUGCGCCCAACCAGCGGCUCACUCUCAGCGGCAUCUACAAGUUUAUCAUGGAUAAAUUCCCCUACUAUCGGGAGAACAAGCAGGGCUGGCAGAACUCCAUUCGGCACAAUCUUUCGCUGAACGAUUGCUUUGUGAAGGUGCCGCGGGACAAGAACACCAUCGAUGACAAUGACAGCGCCGGAAAGGGCAGCUACUGGAUGCUGGACGCCUCCGCCUCGGACAUGUUCGAGCAGGGAAAUUACCGACGGCGUCGUACACGCAGGCAGCGGCACUGCACCAAUGCCAGUCGCUAUGAGCGGGAUGCGGGCAAGGAUGCUACUGAUGGCAGCAGCAGCACGGCGGAGAUCAGAUCGCCCAGCGAUUCGCUGAACGACUUUGACAUCUUCUGCAAUGAGCGGCCCAACUACUCGGAUCGCAUCACGGAUCUGCACCGUCAGUAUUUGUCCGUCUCCCUCGGCUUCAAUAGUCUGUUCAACGGUGAGGCAAGUGGGGUGCGGCAACUGCCAGGCGCCUCCACGGCGGUUAAAGAAUCAAACGCAGACGGCGAUGUGGAUGGCGAUGCCUCUACGGACAGUCCGUGCUCCAGCUCCAGCAGGACAGCAGCUCAGAGCGUCCCGGACAGUGCGGCAGCCCUGCACGACGAGCUACAUUCCCCGAGCGCCUUUACGCCGACACUCAACCGCAGGCUCCCUGGGCUAAGCGAUGCAUUUCGGGGGCUCCAGCAUCUGAUGCCCAGCGAACCGACUACAGCGCCCAGUACCAGCCCCACAGCAGCCCCAACCAGUCGUUCAAAGACGACGCUGUUCACAAUCGACAAUAUUAUUGGAAAGCCCUGAGCUGUCGCAUGUGGCUGUUCUUUUCCACAUAACUAUAUCCAUUAUCACCGUGCAAUAAUUAAAAAUUUAUAUGAGUUACAAAUGUGGUCACAAAAGUUAUUCCUUCCCAGAGUAUUCUGGAGAAGUUUCAGACCUGGGCAAAGGGUUUGAAAUGCGCGCUCGCUUCUGUGCCCCUCUCUAGCUAACACACCUUGAAACUUCUUAUAUCGAUGGCAUGAACAAAUAUCAGAUGAUAAGUGGAAUUUCAGCCCUGUGUAGUUUAUAUGUAGAAACUGUGUAGCCUCCAAUAUGUCCGUUUACACCGUUCCUUUUUCCGCGAGACGCAAUUUCAUUGAAUAUGAAGCCGCUUCUUUGCUUUGGUUUUGCUUAUGUUUGGCAUUUUGCAGUACUACUCCUACCGUGUUGCAAAACGUGAUUGCAACGUGAUUUAUUUGGCGACUUU